CGUGGCUUAUUUUCGAAUUACUUGUUUUAGGAAAUAGAAACUAUUUCAUCUCCUUUCUCUCUCACUUUGUACUCCCAUGACUCCAAUUCUGAGAAACUCUCUAUUACGCACACCACUUCGUGCAGUAUGGGAUGUGGCAGGAUAUCAAACCGAAACUUUAUUAUGGCCCGCUUCCGCUUCCAAACCAAAAACCAUCUUGCUCUUCAUUCCCGGUAAUCCCGGACUGGUAGAGUACUACACCAGUUUUCUUGAAGGCAUCUAUCAGGCCAUUCCUUCUCCUGCAUUCGAAAUCAUUGGUGUCUCUCAUAAAGGUCAUUCAAAAAACUAUCACGAACACAACUCGGGCGAUAAAAACGCGUACACACUCGAAGACCAAAUUCAGCAUAAAUUAGAUUGUAUCGAUACCCUCAUUAAAGAAAAUGGACCCGAAACCAACUUUAUUCUUGUGGGACAUUCAGUUGGCUCUUACAUUUCUGCAGAAGUUUUAAAAAAGAGACCUCAUCAUGGCAUUUCUCGUGUCAUUGCACUUUUCCCCACCUUGAGGGAAAUUGCUAUUACUCCCAACGGUGUCAAUAUCAAUCGCCUUAUCAAUGCUGUUCCUACUUCGGUAUUCGGUAUUGCAGGAUCACUUGCGUCUUAUUUAGCACCACCUGUACGACAAUUCUUUGUAGGUGUGGCUACUGGGCAAUCGGGCGAUGGACUUCAAGUGACUGCACAUCAAUUGAUGCAUUCAUCCGUCUUGAAGAAUGUCAUUACGAUGGCACGCUGUGAAAUGGAAUCCAUCAAGGAUUUAGACCAUGAUUUUUAUGUGGAUCAUUUAGAUAAGUUUGUUCUAUACUAUUCGGCCAAUGAUAAAUGGGCCCCCAAGGACCAUCAUGAUUACAUGAUCAAACACUUUCCUACAGGAACUGUUCAUCUUUGUGCGGAAAAUAUACCUCAUGCAUUUUGUUUAGAGCCUAAACAUGUUGAUUACAUGGUUGAAAAAGUUAGAUCUUGGAUCAAAAGUGAUAUUAAGAAGGCCUAAUUUAGAUUUUUUUUUUUUUUUUUUUUUUUAUUCAGCCACAUCAUUACAUUUUAU